AUAGUUUUCUCAUAACAUUCAAUAGUUGACUCUUUCAUUGCACCAUCAUAAUCAAAAUCUCGUUUCUAGUCUCGUUCUUAGUAACGAUAUCUUAAUAUUUAUUGAUAUAUUGUUGUCAUAUAUUAUUACAAAUAAAGAAACAUUUAUGAAUUGGAAUUUACAAAUGUUUUUCUACUUUAAUUGAUUCAAAUUAUCUACAGAAAAUAAUAUACUAAGUUAUUAAUUCCAAUCACGCGUAGUAUUGUAACCUUAUAUUUCUGUUCUAAACUAAUAAUUUUAUAAGUGACAUAAAAUAGUGAAUUCACAUAUCAUGACAUAAAAACACAUUAUUUCUUAGUAACAUUUCAUCUAAGAAACAUAUAUUUAUUUGCAACAUUUAAAACAAAUAAAAAUAAAAUAUACAUUUUUAAGCUAAAUAUAUGAUACAAUGAUAAAAAUUUUACAUCAAUUCUUAUCUCACUUAAAACGAAGAAACUAUUUGAUAUGUAAUAUAUAUAUCUACUUAUAAUUGCAUUUUAAGUGAUUUAUAUCUUUUAAAACAUUUACAAAAUGCUAGAUACCAGAACAUCUUCAUAUAAAAAGUAUUUCAUUGAAGCUGUUAUAGCUUUAGCGUGUGUGUUUAUUUUCUGCGAAUAUUUACUAUAUUAUUUGGUACUUAUUCAGUGUGCAUGGCCAGUUUUAGAAUCUCAUAAGAUUGAUACAACAAUUAGUCAACCCACACCAGAAGAAACUCCAGUGCAUGCAAUGUUUAUAGCAGAUACUCAUUUAUUGGGUUCAAAAAAUGGACAUUGGUUUGAUAAAUUAAGAAGAGAAUGGCAAAUGUAUAGAGCAUUCCAAACUAUGGUCACUCUUCACAAGCCAGAUAUAAUUUUUAUAUUAGGUGAUUUAUUUGAUGAAGGACAAUGGAGUAGUUCAGCAGAAUUUGACCAAUAUAUACAAAGAUUUCACUCAUUAUUUUCAGUAUCUAAACACACUCAUCUCUAUGUUGUCGCUGGAAAUCAUGAUAUUGGAUUUCAUUAUGUAAUUUCACCAUACUUAAAUCAACGAUUUGUAAAUGGUAUGAAGUCACCAAGCGUGAAAAGAGUUAGUAUCAGAGGAAAUCACUUUGUUUUAAUUAAUAGUAUGGCACUGGAAGGAGAUGGAUGCUUUUUAUGUCGUCCUACAGAAAUUGCAUUAAAUAAAAUUGCCACACAUUUAAAAUGUGCAAAAAAUAUGGGAAAUAAUUGUAACAAAGAUAAUGCAAUUUCAAGAUAUAGUAGACCAAUCAUUUUACAGCAUUAUCCUAUGUAUCGUGAGUCUGAUGAAAUUUGCAAUGAACUUGAUCAAGCACCAGAUGAAAUAAAAGAUAUCAAGUUUAGAGAACGAUGGGAAUGCUUGUCAAAGGAAGCAUCUGAACAACUUCUAGAUAUAUUGAAUCCAAGACUGAUCAUUAAUGGCCACACUCAUCAUGGUUGUAGGAGAAUACAUAGAAAAGAUAUAUUAGAAUUUACAAUACCAUCUUUCAAUUGGCGUAAUAAGAAUAAUCCCUCACUUUUACUAGGUGUAUUUACUCCUAAUAAUUAUUCUGUAUCAAAAUGUUACAUGCCUGUGGAAUCUACAGAGAUCAAAAUUUAUAUUAUUAGUAUAGUAUGUAUCUUUAUAUAUUUUAUUAUAAAAUGUAAACUAAAACAAAAUCGAUAUUAUCUUUUGAAAUUUCACUGAAGAUAUGUUUCUAUUUAUUCAUAUUAUUAAUAUUCGUAUUUAUAAAAAAAUGCAGUAAGAUUAUAAGUAACUAUAAAUAUGAGUAAAAUCAUAAAAAUAUAAGCCUCGAAUUAAUGAUAUCUUUGUGUAUAUUUUCUUAUAUAUAAAAUAAACAUAUUAGUUACAUAUUAUUUACACUAUUCAUAGUAUAAAAUAUUUAUAUUUAUUUUCAUUAUUAUUAAUCAAAUCAAAUAGAAUCUCAAUUGUAUUAAAUCUUGAAAAUUAUACAUGUUUCAAUUUUCUUUUCAUUAUUUUAUCAAACAAUUAUUCUCUUGGAAUAGAAAAUAUGCACAAAUAUAAAAGACUAUAAGAAAACUUGCAAAUAUAAUCAUUGUAACAUGUACAAAAUCUAUAAAUGUCUUAUACAUUUAGUCAGCCAAUAUUAAAGAUUUUAUAUAUAAAACAUUGUAGCAUAUUGAUUUACUAAAUAUGAUACUUGAAUAAUUAAAAAUAUAGAUCGAUCUUCACAACUAUAUCAAAAAUAAAUGUUAUACAUAAUUGA